GUGUAGAUCAGGGAGUCUGCGCAGACCAACGUGAAGAUUGCGUGUAUCUUUAUACCGGAAGUCUUCCCGACUUUCACGAACCAACAACGAUGGACGACGUACACGUACGAAUAUGUGAGCAAGAAAUUAUUAAGUAUGAUCUGGAAAUAAAAGCUCUCGUACAGGACAUCAGUGAAUGCGCCGGACCACAGAGUGAACUGACGGAGUUAAACUGCAAAGUGAAGGAGAGAUUUAAGCACCUUCGACUGCGGAUUCAGGAUCUGGAGCAAAUGGGGAAGGAACAGGAUAGAGAGUCUGACAGGCUGGCCUUACUCAGACAGGUGGAGGGCCAUCGGAAACAGAUGCUUAGUAAUCAGACAGCCUGGAGAAAGGCCAACCUGGCCAGUAACCUGGCCAUUGAUAAGAUGGAGAAAGAAAAUUUGUUGAAUGUGGGGGGCACUGAAGCAAAGCAAAGAAAGCUGACCAAACAGAGUCUGGCUCAGACUUCCAGUGACAUCACAGAGAACUUGAUGAGCAUCAGUAGGAUGAUGUCACAGCAGGUGAAGCAGAGCACGGAGACCAUGAGCACUCUGGCUACUUCGUCGAGAACUGUGCUGGAAACCAAUGAGGAGUUUAAGGCCAUGACGGGGACCAUAAAGCUAGGGAGAAAACUCAUCACCAAGUAUAAUCGGCGGGAGCUGACAGACAAGCUGCUGAUCUUCCUGGCUUUGGCGCUUUUCCUGGCCACCGUGCUCUAUAUUCUGAAGAAAAGACUGCUCCCGUUCCUCUGAGCUGCUCCUGGAAAUGCACGUUCACAAAGUUCAGCGGAGCCUGAAAAUGAUGAAUUUCAACAGUAGGCCAGUUUUCCCGGCACAGAUUAAGAUUAGUCUUGGACUAACAUUUUUAGUCUUUGACUAGCUCUAACUGAUAGCUGAAAAACCUUUUUAGGAUGGAAAUACAGUUUAAACCUCUCUAAAUAGUGAAGUGCAAAGUAGCUGACAGGCUUCUGUACUAACCAAUUACAUAAUAUGACAGAACUCACUAUCAAUAUUACCUAAUUCAAUAUGUGUUAUUUAACUCCAGAAAAGACAACUCAUCUGCCUGUAGUAAUCUUUUUUUUUUUCCUUGUAAAGUGCAUUACUGCACAUUAAAAAAAUUAACAAGCUUUCACUGUUGUAAACCAGUUGUGAAUGGAUAAUGUGAUAUGGAUGAUGUUAGAAAUUUAAUCAAAAGAAAUUUACAGUUUGUGCAGUUAUUUUUUUUAUUUAUUUGCCAUCUGUCAACAAUUUAGAAGUUGCAAGUCAAGUUUCAGUUGUGUUUAAGAGAUCAGAAUAUAUUUAUGGUAAAUAUUGGCAAAAAUAUUUCUAAAAUAAAUAUUACAAUCCAGCAUUUA